AUGAAACCCACCCCCCGUCACGUCGGCAACGCAUCCUCCAGCCAUGAAGAACUUGGAGCCCCGGUGCAAGACGCCCAAGGGCCCGCUCUGCACGCAGGCCUCGCUCGUCGAGGACCUCGGGCGGCUCGGCCUCCAAGCCGGCGACACGGUGCUGCUCCACUCGUCGCUCAGCGCCAUGGGCUUCGUCGUCGGCGGCGCGCCGGCCGUCGUCCGGGCGCUGCUCGAGGUGCUCGGCCCGGGCGGGACGCUCGCCGCGCCGACGCAUACGGGCGACAACUCGGACCCGGCCGAGUGGUGCGACCCCCCCGUCCCGCGCGACUGGUGGCAGCCCAUCCGCGACGCGACGCCCGCCUUCGACCCGCGCACCGCGCCGUCGCGCAUGAUGGGCGUCGUCGCCGAGACGCUGCGCAACUGGCCCGGCGCCCGCCGCAGCGCCCACCCGCAGACGAGCUUCGCCGCCGUGGGCGCCCGCGCCGACGACAUCGUCACCGAGGGGCCCGCCGCGCUGGAGUGCCGCCUCGGCCAGGAGAGCCCCCUGGCGGCGCUGGAGCGGCUCGGCGCGCGCGUCCUGCUGCUCGGGUGCGGCUUCGACCGCUGCACGUCGUUUCACCUCGCCGAGUACCGCAACCCAUACACGCCCGUCGAGAAUUCGUUUGCCGCGCUGGUCGAGGACGGCCCGGGCGGGCAGACGCGGCGCGAGUGGGUGACGGUGCACGACGUGCCCAUCGACAGCGACGACUUUGCCGAGCUGGGGCAGCACUUUGAGGAGAGCGGCGGCGGCGGCGGCGGCGGCGUGGCGAGCGGCAUGGUGGGCGCGGCCGAGUGCAAGCUGUUUUCCAUGCCCGAGGCGGUCGCCUUUGCCGUGGAGUGGCUGAGCACGCAUCGCAACAGGGGGUAGGAGGUUAGGUUCGUUUGCCAUUUGAUGCUGGACGCCAGGCGACGAGAGCCAGCCGCGGUAUCUAACGGGGCGCCGGAAGGCAGUCUCCUGUAUUGUUUGUACGUGGGCGAGCAGCUGUACCAGUUGCAAUUGGCUCUAUAAAAAGCGGCGGUGAUGAUGGCGCUGGCCCAGCUACGGCAGCCAAGGACGGAGAGGAGGAAGCUGGUGUUGUUGCGGGCACGGCUGGCCAGAUUCAUCUCACCACCAAGCUGCAUUUACACGUCCGAGACAGCCAAUGGACCAGGUAUAGAUAUUUCAUCAAGCAUGUUCCUUUUCUCCGCUGGCAAUCUAUGGUUCUGCAGGUAUCCCGAAGCUGCCGCAGCGCCGCUCAGUGAGUCUGCCUGUCUAAACGCAUUGAGGACUGGAGAAACGACAUGCGUAAGCAUUUCGAGGUGAUGGAUUCUACGUAGUGUGUCAUCGUGUCGCGCCUGGUGAUGUGCGUUCAGCUUUGAGUACAAUCGUACCAGUUGGGCAACGUACCAACGGGAGAUCAGAAGAAAUAGAGCCCGCC